GCGCGGUCCCGCCCAGCUGCCAGAGGAGCUGGGACAAGGAGGGAAGAAGCCAGAGGGAGAUCGCGGAGGGGAGGGGGCGGGAGGGGGGUGGGGGAUCCCGAGUCGCCCGCGAUCUGGAGUCUGGAAGGACCUGGAGCUGCGCCAGGCGAUCCGCCUCGCCACAACUUGCCCAGACGAGACACGUUUCAUCCUGCGCCCUGCAAGAAGGAGCCGGUCUGCCUCUCUCCGAUCUGCUGCUCCUCGGCCUCCGCGGGCCCUGCCCGCGUUAGCAGCGACCUGGGGUCUGGGUCCCCUGUGUCGCCCCCGCCCGCCUGCAGCGCCCGGCACCCGCCCAGGAGCGCGUAGCUGGGGUGGUAGGGAUAUAUCCGUGAGCAAGAGAGACCACAGCCCUUGUUCCCGCUGAUCCUGCAGCCCAGUGGAUGGAGCCCAGAGUCUACAGACCUGUCAGGAAAGAAAAAAAAAUUCCUGAUGUCUGGUCCAAGCAGGAAUUCCCCGGUGGAUUGGGGAAUAUCUGGCUUUUCCUCAGCUUAUUGAUCUCUGUGGUAACCACUGGAGGCCCCCAGGAGACCCACAGAAAUGAGAGGCCUGAGGUCUACAAGUUGCUACUAGAAAUAUUUUAGCCUCUCCAAAACCCAGAAUGCAGCCCUGACCCAAGUUUGCAAGGGUCCUGGGCGCAUGCUGACCGCGCGCGGGUGGACGCGCCCUUUGCUCCAGGUCCGGACCUGGGCGUUGCCACAGCAACGUCCUGGACGCCCAGACCUUAGGCCGCCGCCGCCGCCGCCGCGGAAGCAGGGGACCUGGCCUUCUCCCGUUCCUGAGGGCUGCGGCGGCGGCGGCCCGGGAGGCGGCCCGGGCUGGGUAGAGGAGGCUGCCUGCUCCCCCUACGCAAGCAGAGGCGGCGGAUUGGCUUGCAAGCAUGCCCUUCCAGAAGCAUGUCUACUACCCACUCUCCAGCGGCCCAGAGGGGCCCGACGUCGGUGUGGCCGCCGCUGCCGGCGUGGCCUCCAUGGCUGGUGAGCCCCCCAGUUCGGCUUCGGGGCCCCUGCCCUUCUUCCAGUUCAGGCCGCGGCUGGAGAGUGUGGACUGGCGGCGGCUGAGUGCCAUCGACGUGGACAAGGUGGCGGGGGCCGUGGACGUGCUGACGCUGCAGGAGAACAUCAUGAACAUCACCUUCUGCAAGCUGGAGGACGAGAAGUGCCCGCAUUGCCAGUCGGGGGUGGAUCCAGUGCUGCUGAAGCUCAUCCGUCUGGCGCAGUUCACCAUCGAGUACCUCCUGCACUCGCAGGAGUUCCUCACCUCGCAGCUGCACACCCUAGAGGAGCGGCUGCGCCUGAGCCACUGCGACGGUGAGCAGAGCAAGGAGCUGCUAUCCAAGCAGGCGGGGGAGAUCAAGAUGCUUAAGGAAGAGUGCAAACGCAGGAAGAAGAUGAUCUCCUCCCAGCAGCUGAUGAUCGAGGCCAGAGCCAACUAUUACCAGUGCCAUUUUUGUGACAAGGCCUUUAUGAACCAAGCUUUUCUACAAAGUCACAUUCAACGCCGCCACAAUGAAGAAAAUUCUCAUUUUGAGACGGGGUUUUGCUAUGUUACCCAGGCUGGUCUCGAACUCCUGGCCUCAACUAAUCCAUCUGCUUUGGCCUCUCAAAGAGCUGGGAUUACAGAGUAUCAGAAAAAUGCACAGAUUGAGAAGCUCCGGAGUGAGAUUGUUGUAUUGAAGGAAGAGCUGCAGCUCACCAGGUCUGAGCUAGAGGCUGCACACCAAGCCAGUGCGGUUAGAUUCUCCAAGGAAUAUGAAAUGCAGAAAACAAAAGAGGAAGACUUUUUGAAGUUAUUUGAUAGGUGGAAAGAAGAAGAAAAGGAGAAACUAGUUGAUGAAAUGGAAAAAGUCAAGGAGAUGUUUAUGAAGCAAUUUAAAGAAUUAACUUCAAAGAAUUCAGCAUUAGAAUAUCAACUAUCGGAAAUCCAGAAGUCCAAUAUGCAGAUCAAGUCCAACAUAGGCACAUUAAAAGAUGCACACGAGUUUAAAGAAGACCGUUCUCCAUAUCCCCAGGAUUUCCAGAAUGUCCUGCAGCUUCUAGAUAGUCAGGAAAGCAAGUGGACAGCACGAGUUCAAGCUAUUCAUCAAGAACACAAGAAAGAGAAGGGUCGGCUCAUGUCACUGAUAGAGAAACUUCGAACCUCAAAGAUAGAUGAUCUAAAUGCAAGCAAUGUUUUCUACAAGAAAAGGAUUGAAGAGCUAGGGCAGAGAAUCCAGGAGCAGAACGAACUGAUUCUAACUCAGAGACAGCAGAUUAAAGAGUGUACCUGUAGUCCAUUAAACAGUGUCAGUGAAUCCAAAGGAACUCCUUUAGCCUGGCAGGCUUUUGAAGCUCAGCCAGCUGCUCCAGCUGUGCCUAUGAAUGCCCCAGCCCUGCACACUUUGGAAACUAAAUCAAGUCUGCCGGUGGCACAUGAACAGGCAUUCUCAUCGCACAUACUGGAACCAAUAGAAGAACUUUCAGAGGAAGAAAAAGGAAGGGAAAAUGAACAGAAAUUAAAUAACAAAACGUAUUUAAGGAAAGCUUUGAAGAGUAACUCCUCCCUCACUAAGGGACUAAGAACAAUGGUGGAGCAGAACUUGAUGGAGAAACUGGAAACCUUGGGGAUUAAUGCAGAUAUACACAGUAUUUCAAGUGAUCAAUUGCAUAGAGCACUAAAAAGUGUGGAAUCAGAAAGACAUAAGCAAGAAAGAGAAAUACCUAACUUUCAUCAACUUCGAGAAUUCCUUAAACAUCAAGUCAGCUGUAAAAUUGAGGAGAAAGCACUGCUGUCUUCAGAUAAGUCCAAUGUUUCUCAAAUGGAUACCCUUUCAAUUGGAGAAGUACCCAAAAUGAUACAACUUCCUCCCAAAAACAGACAACUGGUUAGACAAAGAGCUGUUUCUACUGAUAGGACAUCUGUUUCAAAAAUUAAGAAAAAUAUCAUGGAAGAUCAUUUUCCCAGAAAGUCUUCAACUAUUACGACCCCUCCCUUUAGUUCAGAGGAGGAGCAGGAGGACGACGACCUCAUCCGGGCAUACGCAUCCCCAGGCCCACUUCCUGUGCCGCCAUCGCAAAGCAAGGGCAGCUGCGGGAAGAACGCAGUCAAAAGUGACGCGGACGGGACCGAGGGAAGCGAAAUCGAGGACACUGAUGAUUCUCUCAAGCCUGCAGGAGCCUCCAUUAAAACACCAACUGAAAAAGUUGAAAAGAUGUUUUCACAUCACAAAAAUGUGAAUAAACCAGUUGGUGGAACUAAUGUUCCUGAGAUGUUUAUCAAAAAAGAAGAAUUACAAGAACUAAAGUGUGCAGAUGUGGAGGAUGAAGACUGGGACAUAUCAUCCCUAGAGGAAGAGAUAUCUUUGGGGAAAAAAUCUGGGAAAGAACAGAAGGAACUUCCGCCUGUGAAAAAUGAACCACAUUUUCCUCAUGUGCUAAAUGCCUGGGGCGCAUUUAAUCCUAAGGGGCCAAAAGGAGAAGGUUCGCUGCUUUCUCCUCUAACACAAGCUCAGUCCCUUUUCUUAUUAGUUGUGCCUCAUCUUUAUAAAUAUCUGAUUAACUUAGGCUAGCAUAUCAUCAGACAAAAAGAAAGCUGUCAAUGCUUUAUGUUAUUUAAGUAAGGACUGGAUAUGUAUAACUUACUGAUUCAUAUAUAUUUACUUAUUUUUAUUUAAUUGUAGGACUAAUCUUUACAUUAUGUAAUGUAAUGUAGUCUUUACAUUAAAAAAAAAUUUUAUUUUUAUUUUGAAACAGGAUCUUACUGUCACCCAGGCUGGAGUACAGUGGUGCAGUCAUGGCUCACUGCAGCCUUAACCUUCCAGGCUCAAGCAGCCCUCCCCGACCUCAGCCUCCGGAAUAGCUGGAACUACACGUACAUGCUAUCAUGCUCAGCCAAUUUUUUUAUUUUGAUUUUUGUAGAGACAGGGUCUCACUAGGAUGCCCUGGCUUAAACUCUUGGACUUAAGCAGUCCUCCCACUUUGGCCUUCCAGAGUACUGGGAUUACAGGCAUGGGCUACCACUCCUAGCCCCCAGAUUGUUUGUAUUCUUUAGGUUUUCUUUUUUCUUUUUUUAGGAUAUGGGGGUCUCACUAUGUUGCCCAGGCUGGAUUCAAACUCCUGGGCUCAAUCAAUCCUUGUGCCUCAGCCUCUUGAGUAGCUGAGACUACAGAAGUAUACCACCAUGCCUGGCUUUAUUAUUAUUUUUGAAAAUGUCCAUAUACAUAUUCUCUUCAUGAAGAUGCCUUUUAGGAAUUAAAAUUUCUGAUCAUA